AUGGACAUUUCAGCUUCUGAAUAUAUAUGGACUUCCGAACUAGAUAACAUACACAAGUCGAAACAGAAGGUCAAUUUUUUCUGCAACUCCCGCCAUUACCAGGACCUCACCGAGGACGAAAUGCCGGAUCUUAAGAGCCUCGAGAUUGAGAUGAAGUGCCCCAAUACCACAGUUCUCGACAGACAAGGCUAUGCUCUGGAUCUGCGCUGUUUCAAGCCAAGCAUGUAUCCGCUAAAUCUGGAUCGCUUCCGCAUCAAGCUCAUCCUACAAGACGAUUUCAAAACUCCUCCAAACGCAAGGCGCUUCCGCGAAGUGCUUCGACCUACCAUCGAACUGGAAAUGCUCCGUUUCGGCCCCGUCCUCGUCGGUAAAAACUACCGUCUAGACAUCGACGAGCACUUACCCGCUAUUCUACUGUCUACCGAGAACAACCAGACUAAGCAGCGAGGUGCAAAUGACGAGAUCUUCAUCGCAUGGACAAUGUCUAGGAAUCAGAAGACAUUGGCAGACAGUAAGUAG